GAAAGAGAGAGAGAGAGAGAGAGUAAAGUCUAUCAUUAGUGUAACUGUGCAGACUCUGAUCUCAGGCAGCUGUGAGGAGAAGACAAACUUUAUCUUCAAACUAUGGAUCAGGACUUGCUGGUCCCGGCGGCGGUGGCUGUCUCGGUGGUGCUGGUGACGGUGGUGAUCUUCCUGUUGAGAGGUUCUGCAGGAGAGAAGAAGCAGCAGCAGCCUGUGACUCUUCAGGAUCCUAUGGUCAAAUAUUCACUUCCCCUGGUGGAGAAACAGGAAAUCAGUCAUGACACAAAGAAGUUUCGUUUCGGCCUUCCCUCAGAUGCUCAUAUCCUUGGACUUCCAGUAGGUCAGCACGUGUACCUGUCGGCCAAGGUGAACGGCAGCCUGGUGGUCCGGGCCUACACUCCAGUGUCCAGCGACGAGGAUCAGGGAUACGUGGACCUGGUGGUGAAGGUUUACUUCAAGAACACUCACCCGUCCUUUCCAGACGGAGGGAAAAUGUCUCAGUACCUGGACAACAUGGCCGUCGGGGACAGCAUGGACUUCAGAGGACCCAGUGGACUGCUGGUGUACAAGGGAAAAGGUCACUUUUCCAUCCGACCUGAUAAGAAGUCAGAGCCCAAAGUUCGAAAGGUUAAACACGUCGGAAUGAUCGCUGGAGGAACAGGAAUCACUCCGAUGCUGCAGCUCAUUCGCAGGAUCGCAGCCGACACCUCCGACGACACCAAGUGCUCCCUCAUAUUCGCCAACCAGACUGAGAAGGACAUCCUGCUGAGGGAGGAGCUGGAGGAGGUGAAGAAGAAUCAUCCGGACAAAGUGCAGCUCUGGUUCACGCUGGACAAACCUCCACAGGACUGGAGCUACAGUUCAGGGUUUGUGAGCCAGGACAUGAUCAAGGAGCACCUCCCUGCUCCGUCCCCGGACGCCCUCAUCGUCCUGUGUGGUCCUCCGCCCAUGAUCCAGUACGCCUGCCUGCCCAACCUGGACAAGCUGGGACACAAGACAGAAAACAUCUUUUCUUACUAGUCCCCUCGUUUCCUGUUUGGUCACAAAUCACUGUAUGAACUGAUGGUCUGACUCAAACCAAUGCACUGUGUAUGAUCUGUUUAACAGACAGUGACACUAGAACAACCACUUGCCUUUCAAAUCUCAGGACUGUUAUGUUAUAAAAACUUUUAUACAAGACAAUAAAAUCUAACUUUUUCCUCUUUUUUUGUAAGAUAAAGAUGAAAUAAAGAUGGGAAACAAAACCAAA